CAAUAGGGUGAGGAGUGGGGUGGUGUUGCACUGUGCAGACUGCUCUGGUUGGGAGAAGGAGAAUGGAGAAAGGGACGGCGGCUGCGGAGGCGCCGGUGCCAAGAGUGGGGGUGGUGGUCUUCUUGUUGAAGGGGAAAUCGGUUCUUCUGGGGAAGCGGCGCUCCUCCAUCGGUGAUUCCACUUUUGCACUCCCGGGCGGCCACCUCGAGUUUGGGGAGAGCUUUGAGGAAUGUGGUGCCAGAGAGUUGAUGGAAGAAACUGGAUUGGGGAUCGAGAAAGUAGAGUUGUUAACAGUCACAAACAACCUGUUUCUAGAGGAACCAAAACCGUCCCAUUACGUGACAAUCUUCUUGCGUGCAGUGUUGGCAGAUCCUGAGCAAGUGCCCCAAAACCUUGAGCCAGGCAAGUGUGAUGGAUGGGAUUGGUAUGAGUGGGAUAACCUCCCUACACCCCUGUUUUGGCCAUUACAGAAAAUGGUGCAAGAGGGCUUUAAUCCCUUUCCGAUUUGCUCCAAUUCCUAGGGAUUAUACUAUUUUCUCUGUGUUCAUGAAUCAUGUAAUAUAUGUAGGUAUUGAACGAGUGAUUGAGUCAGGGCUUUCAAUCUCGUCUUUUUAAGGGAAAACUUCCUCAAACUACUACCACCUAAUUAACAAUGAUUCUUAAGUCAUUGCUAAGAAUUCUUC